AUGUCGAACUUUGUUAGACUGUUUCUCUCUGGAAACAAAAACGAUGGUGAUGAUGAUAAGAAGAAUCAAGAUCCAACUUGUCAGCCAACACCAUCAUCAACUGAAACGAAUGAAAAAACAACAACAACACCACCACAACAACCUCCUGUCGUAGUUGAUAAUGCCAAUGUCGGAGGAGAGAAAGCCUUGUCUGCAGACGAGGUUCGACAACGACGAUUGAAUCGUUUGAAUACUCCUUCUGCUAUAAGUACAUCAUCGAAUCCAUCAUUGACAAUGCAAACCACACCGAUCAAAUCUCCAAGCAGUGCGACUAGUGCACGCACUCCAAGCAGCAGUUCCAGUACGAAAUCAAGUAGUGGUGAUAUGAUGGAUACAAGAGAUGAUUUUACAAAGCCUUCAUCUACAAACACUCCUUCAAAAUCAGCCUCUAUCAAAUCAGAAGUAUCGGAUAAUGAUUCAUCCAAGAAGUUUAUUCAUGAUGCAAUUUCGAGGACCUUUAGAGUGUGUUUGGCGCCUUCAAAGAUUGAUCCUACAUUAUUUCAUUUGAAAGAUCUUGCAAACGAAUUAUCACAACAACAACAGUCAGCACAAAUUUUUACUGAAAGUCAUGUAGAGAGCGUUAUUGUGGAACGUGUUUCUAAAGGAUUUGAAACUAGUACUGAUAAAACAAUCUUUGGUUAUUUGAUGGAGUGUUUUGAAAGGGCAGAAAAGGAGCUGAGCAUUGCUGAGACAAAAAAGAAAGAAGAUCUAAUCAAAUUUGUAAAGGGGUUGAAAGAAAUCAUUGUGUCGUACUGUGGUAUAGUUUUAACUGAUCCUGACAUGUUCAAUCAGCCUGAAAGCGUUGCAAAGCAAGGCCCUCUUCAACUCUUGCCAUUCAUCUAUAGAGAUUUUCCAGGAACUUUCUUGCAAGAUUUUGUUGCAAGAUUUUCAAAGGACAAUACUUUAGAGAAAAUAUUUACUCCAAUAUUCACAGAAAUGUCAUCAAAAAUGCUGAAAUUAACAUUACUCGAUGACUAUACUCCUUAUUUAUUUGGACUUAAAAGAAUAACAACCAUCAAAGAGAUUGCAAUGGUUCUGGUGGGUCACACAAAUUUCUUUCCAAAGAAAAGAGACGGUUACGGUUUUGAAUAUGAAUGUAUUUUAGGUCCAUUUUUCAAAAUCACUGCCUAUUAUGACCAACCAAAAGUUGGAGAACACUUUUUCCGUGCUGAUAUUGAGAGAUUGACAAACCAAGAUGUUGCUAACAUUAAGGAACAAAUUCGAACCAAAAUAUCAAUGUAUCAUACUAAUUUACAUGGUAUAAUUAUGAACUUGCUCAAACCAAAAGAAACAAGAGAUAAGACAAUUGAAUGGUUGAUGUUGACUCUUGAUACAAAUGCUUCUAGAGCCAAACUUCAAUCAGACCCUUACUCUAUUGCCAGUGAAGGGUUCAUGACUAACAUGGGAGCUGUUCUCUUAAAGCUUUGUGAACCUUUCCUUAAGAUUGAGCCAAACAAAAUUCAAACAUCAAAAAUUCAGAGUGACUUCGUAAUGAUGAACAAGGAUCUCAAUUUCAAGCACGACACAAAAUUUGCCAUAACUGAAAAAGAAGCAGAGGAGUAUUACAAAGCUAAACAACCAACUGACUUCUCGUUCAUUACACAGUCCUUUUUCAUGGCAUACCGAUGCCUCCACAUUGGCUAUCUCGUCACCCAGGAAAGAUAUCAAAAUGCUCUUAAGAGACUAGGAGACUCUCAACGAGUGUAUGGAGCAAAUCAAACACCCGAACUAAGGAAAGAAAUUGAUUUGUUGUACAUUGUUAGAUGGACUGCGGAGACACACCUUUUUGAUCCUCAACUCCUCAAAUUAAUGACAGAUUUUUAUAGAUUCAGUAGCAUUUGGCUCAUCCAAAUGGCGGAUCCUGUCAACCACAAAAAUUAUCCAAGCACUCCAUGUUCUGCUCAUCUACCAACCGAAGUUUCAAAAGAUUUUGCUUCCAUGUCAGAGUUUUUCCUUGAAGAUAUUGUCAUUUGUUUAACCUUCUUACUCAGAUUCAAACCCGAGACUCUGAAUUUGGUAGUGCUAGAUGAAAUUUUUGAUAUGAUGGCCAUGUUUCUUCACAACUCUCAUUAUAUCAAAAACAGAUACCUACUUGCUAGACUACCAGAGUUUUAUUGUGCUUUAAUUCCUCAAGGAGUACAUGACGUCUUGUCACCAAAGUUAAUUGAAUAUCUACCAAAUCACAAAUAUUCUCAACAACAUCUUACUUCAGGGUUGAUGAAUUUAUAUGUUGACAUUGAAUAUGAGAGCUCCUUCUACGAAAAAUUCAACUAUCGUUACUAUAUUUCCUUGUUAUUGAAAGACUUGUGGCAAUAUAAUCCAUACAAGCAAUCAUUUAUCAAGCUUUCAAGACAUUUGGAAGCUCACUCAAAGUUUAUGAAGUUCUUCAACGUGCUUCUCAAUGACUCGAUCUAUCUUUUGGAUGAAAGUCUUAAAGACCUUCAAAAAAUUAAGGAAAUUCAAGUUGUUAUGGAUAACACCACAGAGUGGAAUAGUAUGACGCAACAACAAAAGCAAGAUAAGCAGAGUGCAUUGGCUCAAUAUGAGCGAAUGGUAAAAUCUUAUCUAUUACUUGCCAACGAAACUGUACAUAUGUUAAGCUACCUAUCAAGAGACAUUCCUCAACCUUUCCUCCGCCCAGAAAUGGUUGAUCGAGUUGCCUCUAUGCUCAACUAUUUCUUGGUCGAACUAGCAGGUCCACAAUGUCAAAACUUGAAGGUAAAAGAUCCAGAGAAAUAUCAAUUCAAUCCAAAAUAUUUAUUAACAGAAAUUACUGACACAUAUAUUCACUUUUCUCCAUAUGAAGAAUUUGCCAGAGCUGUAGCCAGGGAUGAAAGAUCAUUCAAGGCCGAUGUGUUCGAACGUGUUGUUGCUAUCUUGAGAAAGAUUGGAAAAACUGAAGAAUACGUCAAGAAGUUUGAUACUUUUGCACUGAAAGCACUUGAGGAAGCACACAAACUUGUUGAUGAGAAUGUUGAUUUUAGUGACGCACCAGACGAAUUCCUUGACCCUCUGACCUAUACCAUCAUGGAAGAUCCUGUUCUGUUACCACUUUCUAAUAUUUACAUUGAUAGGCCAACCAUUGAGCGUCACUUACUCAACAACAAUACUGACCCAUUCAAUCGAUCACCUCUCUCUGUUGAUAUGUUACAACCAGCACCAGAGCUCAAACAAAGAAUUCUAGAAUGGAAAGAGUCCAAACGAAGAAAAUAA